AUGGCUGAUAAGAAGUCUGAUGUUAAUAGGUUGGCUGGAGCCUCGGGUAUUCACUCAUUCUCUGAGGAGGAGAAGGUGUCAUUCGCUGAGCACAUGAACUCUGUGCUUGGUGGCGACGCUGUGGCAGACGCCCGUUUGCCAAUCGAUCCAAACACAAUGGAUCUGUUCACUCGCGUUCAAGACGGUGUGUUGCUGUGCAAGUUGAUCAACGCCUCGGUGCCAGACACGAUCGAUGAGCGUGCCCUCAACACAAAGGUCGGCAUGAACAGAUACCAACAGACAGAGAAUGGAAACAUCGUCGUCAACUCGGCCAAGGCCAUCGGAUGUUCCGUCGUCAACAUUGGUGCCUCCGAUAUCAUGGCUGGCACUGAGCAUCUCAUCCUCGGCCUCAUCUGGCAGGUGAUCAGAAUCGGCCUACUGUCUCAGAUCACUCUGGCCAACCACCCAGAGCUGUUCCGUCUGCUCGAGCCAGGCGAGGAGAUCAGCGACCUUCUCAAGCUUCCCGCCGAAGCCAUCCUGCUGCGCUGGUUCAACUACCACCUCAAGCGCGCCAACCACCCACGCAAGGUCACCAACUUUAGCGGUGACAUCAAGGACAGCGAGUGCUACACCGUGCUCCUUAACCAGCUUGCGCCAGGCCAGUGCGACCUGUCGCCCCUGUCCACCUCGGACCCAAUGGAGCGUGCCAAGUUGCUGCUGGACAACGCUGAGAAGAUCAACUGUCGCAAGUUCGUGCGACCCAACGACAUUGUCAAGGGCAACCCCAAGCUGAACCUCGCCUUUGUCGCCAACCUGUUCAACACGAUCCCAGGUCUCGAGCCAUUGACCGAGGAGGAGAAGGCUGGUCUCGAUGCCUACCUCUUCAACUCUGAGGGAUCGCGUGAGGCACGUGCCUUCUGCCUGUGGAUCAACUCGCUGGGCAUCGAUCCGUUCGUCAACAACCUGUUCCAGGAUCUCCGUGACGGCCUUGUGCUGCUGCGUGUGCUCGACAAGAUCAACCCUGGCUGCGUGGACUGGAAGCGCGUCAACCAGGUCGUCCCAAUGAACAAGUUCAAGAUGGUCGAGAACUGCAACUAUGCCGUCGACAUUGGCAAGUCAAUGAAGUUCUCGCUCGUCGGCAUUGGCGGUCCCAACAUUGUCGACGGUACCGAGAUGCCCACCCUGGCACUCGUCUGGCAGAUGAUGCGCUACAACGUCGUCACCAUCCUCAAGGAGCUGAGCAAGGGCGCCGGCAAGGAGCUGUCCGACUCGGAGAUGGUCAAGAUGGCCAACGACCGCGUCAAGACCAGCGGCAAGACAUCCCGCAUGGAGAACUUCCAGGACAAGUCGCUGAGCAACUCGAUCUUCUUCCUCGACCUCCUCAACUCGAUCCGCAACUGCGUCGACUACAAGCUGGUGCACAGUGGACAGAUCUCCGACGAGGACAAGCUGAUGAAUGCCAAGUACACCAUCAGUGUCACUCGUAAGCUUGGUGGCUGCAUCUUCCUCUUGCCCGAGGACAUUGUCGAGGUCAAGUCCAAGAUGAUCCUGACUCUUAUUGCUUCCAUCCUCUCAGUUGCCCAGCAACAACAUGCUCAAUAA